AUGUUAAACUUUCAUGGGCAACACGAUGGUGCGAAACGCUUGAUUUCUUUCCAGAAAGGAGGAUAUCCUUGGCCUACAGCCUAUAACCGCAAUUUUAUGGUAAAUGUUUAAAGUUACAAGACUGAAAUACCUUAUGCGAACUUGCGUCUCUACUUUAGAAAUUGACAGAGGACCCCUCUAAUCCAAACCCGCGUCCAUUUGAGAAGCAGUAUAGACGGCGGUAGAGAAAAAGUGGAGUCAAAAAAGAAGUCAAUUUACCUUUAAUAAAUUAUAUGUGGGCGAAGAUAACGCACAACUAGGGUGAUCAGUGCGAAGUUUAGAAUCGGCCCUUUCGCAUCGGAAAUUAGUCUCCUGAAUAUACCCGUCGGACGCGCAGUAAAGAAAUUGAAGUCAAAAAAGAGGGAAGUUCAAUAUAGACAACAAUAGCAAGAAAUAUUUAUUGUAAAAGUUGUGCCGCGCUCUAUAAAGAGAAUUGGAGGCUCUAUGUAAAUUUUCAGUCGAAAACAGAAUCGAAAAUGGUUAUAUUAGCGCAGAUGAAACCGCCAAUAACCAAUCUGAACCUAGCCUAACUAUACGUAGUUAAGCCUGAAUCAGAUAUCUUGAAAACAACUUUGUCGGAGUAGCAAACGCAAGCCGCAAGUGCUCUGAUGUCUUUGAAUUUCGCCCGCGAUUAGCUGGCUUCUCAAUGUUGUCAGCUGUUCAAAGCGACCGCGUCUUGUUUUUUCAUGGCAACCAUUGUUUCGACAAAGACAAUGACUUCACUCCAAGUGUGCGCUAACUUUAAACUUUAAAGUUUAUAUUUUCAAACUUAAAAGUCCGCAACUUAAUCGAGUCACAUUUUCGCGAAAAAGCUAUCCCCUUGUAGGUAAGGCCUUUGUCUUAAAUAAUCCGCUCUAUAAUCCGAAGAUUUGUGAUUAUUUUUGAAGAAAUACGAUGUUUAACUUGGACAAGGGUCGUUUUCCAUACUGAAAAUACUGUAAGAAGCCUGAUUUUCAAUGUUAAAAGUCUGCACCCAAUUCUCAUUUAUUUUACUUAGAAUUUAGCUGGAAUGAUAGAUUAUUCCUUUAACUUAAAGAAUCGGCUCUAUAAUGUUAAAGAAUUCAUCUUUUUAACUACCGAAAUGACGAUUGUAGUCACUCUGCUGCUCCAAAAUCGCCCGUUGUCUCUAUUAUUAUGCCGCUUUCUUGGCACAUUCAUGCCUGAUUAGGCCACCUCAAUGCCAUUUAUCCCGAUGUGAUCAAGUUUGGGCACAAAAUUAAACCUGCUAGACAUUUAUCAUGUUGUAAAGGAGGUCAUAUUGUCUACUUAAAAAAGGACCCCUAUCUCAGACAGGUUUCCUUGAUGUAACUCACUAUUCUCAAACUCGCAUACAACUCAAAACUCAAAGAUAAAGAGAAUCACUCAUUAAAAAAAAAAAAAAAAAAAUGCCAUUUUCAAAAAAGUGCUUCAUCUCAAAAUAAAAAAUUCCGUCGCAAAUUUCGCUAUGCGGUGCCGUUAAACUCUCUUCUUGCUUUUGAUGCGUAAUUAAACAUUAUGCAUUGUGUUGGAUAGAAUUAAUCACGGCCAGAAAUUACAGGAUUAUAGAAACAGGGCAGAAAAUAUUAACCCGCAACUCCGUAGACCACUGGGUGAAUUGGUAAAAGAUUUCUGGGAUCCGAGUUUUAGGUACUCAUCAAAAGCGUUGGAUUUUAAUAGCUGCCUCCCGAUACCAUCGACUAAAGAUCCAAAAAGACCCCAUGCAGUUUAUAAAGUGACGAAUAUUACUAUCUGACUUCCGUUGUAGAGAGAGACAUCGAGGGCAAGUGGGGGAGAGGCGACACCGAACCAUCCUCAUCCUCACCCUCAUCCAGGACCACAUGUACACUGGGGUUUUCCUUGGAUUCAUGUACAUCACGAGGGUGCGAUAGUCUUCCCGCCAACAUAUCUCUUUUCUGCUCUACCGACCAGCUCAUUCUUCUUUCGAGCUCACCCAGUUGAACCGCACACCAAUUAUCGGCUGUGGAGUCCUGUUUGCAGGCAGAGUGACGGCUUGGUGCAGCGUGAUCCAGCUAACAACAAUGUGAAUUGUGAAGGAGCCUUCGGUGAUACAACAGGCAGGAGUAAGUGUUCUUUUUGACAUCCUUUUCGUGAUCUUUCUUUUCCUUUCUUGUCUGUGUGUCCAAUGUAUUUUUUUAAUGUCACAUAAAAUAGUAGUAUCUCUACACAGUCGAGCGUUUUCAAACGACACUAAAAACGGCUGUGUAGCAGACUAAUAAAAUAGACCUUACUAUACUCGCCAUCUUUGCACGCGCUUUUGGACCGAUGGGAUAAAAGCAAUGUAAUGUGGUAUUUCAUGGGGAAAACAAGUGAUCAAAUUUACUAGUACGAAUAAUCAAGGUCGAUGAUUUUUUUAUUCUCUCAAAACGAGACGACGGGAACGGCGAGUCAUGCAAAUUGUAAAGUUCGAUUGUUACGUCAUUAUUGCCUGCUAUUAGGGCAUAACACUAAUUACUUCCACCCUUAUUUUGCCAUUAUCGUGCCUCCUCUUGUUUUUACUAUGUCAUUUAGGGCCUGUUUACAUGGAGUGGGGGACCCCGGUCUAGUGGGGUUGGUUUCUUUUGUUUUCACGCUCUGGGGGACACAAACAAAACAAACCUACCCCACUAGACCGGGGUCCCCCACUCCAUGUAAACAGGGUCUUAUACCUUCUUUUAAUGUUUUGAGCGGUUGCCUUUUUUCACUCAAUUUUAUUGUAGUUGCCACCCUUUGAAUUUUAAUAAAUUACGUUUCACAGCUCCUUUAAAGCGGUGAUUAUGCGUGACAUUGUGUCCGUCGAGAGACAGCGAUUAGUAGAUAAAGGCUCAUAAGUGCACGUUAGAAGAAAGAGGGAAUUGUGAAAUGUAAUAAUGAUAACAAUAAUAAUAAUGAUGAUAAUAAUACUACUACUAAUAAUGGAAACUUUAUUUGUGUUUUUGAAUGUACAAUUGUAAAUCUCGCUACGUAUAGGCAAUUUACAAAUGCUGCUUGAGAUUGAAUUAUAAAAAAACACAAAAAACAAACAAAAACAAAAACAAAAACAAAACAAAACAACACCAAAAACAAAAACAAAAAAAGAAAGAAAGAAAAGAAAACAAAAUUGCAUUAAGUCUGGGCUAUUCCAUGUAAAAUGUAAUAUGUUGCUCUAAUGGCUAUAUUUAUCAUUUUCUUGAUUAUAUAAAGUUGCUGCUUUUUGUCAAUGCCGAUGUCAUUCGUAUUAUAAUAACAAUAAUAAUAAUGACAAAACUAACUAUUAAAAACUAUUUACAACUAAUUUCGCUAAAGAAGAAAAGAAAGUCUUCAGUCAAAGCACUAUUUGCAAGUCAUUUCAUUUCAUAAGCUCCUGUUCAUUUCGAUUAAAAAAUCCAUUUCAAUUAAAAAAAGAAAUCAUUUCAAUUAAAAACAAUUCAUUUCGAUUAAAAAUGAAAUAAAAAUUUUAAAAAGAUCCCAAAAUACUAAUAGCGUUUAAGCGGCAAUCCGAUGAAAUCUCUUUGUGGAAUUUUGUGGAAGGGUGUCCUGGAACCUCUUACGCAUGUGUGUACCGACCUUAAAAUCUCAAAAGAAAGCAAUGUUUUAAUCCAAGUAAUAGUAAUGUGAUAAGGUUCCUCAUUCUUUUCUGAGAGCUUCUCGGCUAGACGUUUGAGAUACCAGUUACAAUCGGCACCCAUCCCACUGUUGGUUCGAAAAACUAGUGGAGUGAUCCACGAGACCAAAAGCCCCCUGCCUUGAAGUCCAGUCUUGCCUCCGGGCUUGUUACCGCGCUUCUGAGGUUGAAUCGCUCGUUAUCGAGAGGUUGUAGUUGUGGUUCGACUUCAACGUUGCUGCAAACCUUACCAAUAAGUGAGGUAAGUAGGUUGCGAACAACAUCGUGUCUUUGCGCAACGAACCCUCUCUUUUUGCAUGACAGGGCAUGGUAGACGGUAUACUUCUCACCACAACACACUUGCGUGGUAAGUCGACCAGGAGUAUAUUAUACCUUAAACGUAGAGAGUCUCUGAAUUCUUGUUUAUUCAGCACCAAGCCUUGAUCGACAAGACGCACUGCGGUAAGCCAUGCACUCGCACCCUUGUCUCUCGAUUGGUUAACUGACCGCAGCAGAUCCGAGGGUAGAGUGGAAUCAACACUUUCCAUUCUCGAUUUCGCCGACGCAGUCUUCAAGGCUUGAUGCUGUCUUUUUAACUCCUCCCUGGAAUUCCCGCCUGCCACCAUGAACAUGCUCUGGAUCUACGUGCGAUGCUGUUAUUGACGUAGAAGCAGCAAACUGCUGUUGAUCUUCAAACCGUAAUAAUAAUGAUGAUGAUAAUAAUAAUAAUAAUAAUCUUAUUUCAACACGGUUAAAACUCAUCCGGAAUACAUAGAUAAAAAGCAGAAAACAAUGUUAUGAACAGAAAAAAUGGAUGAUUUACUGUCUUGUAACAUGUGACUACAUACCUAUAUACCUAUCCUCGCGUGUACCGGUAUAAAAUGAUUACAACACUCCCGGGAUUGAUUGCCCAAAGGUAAAUCAAUCAUAAAAGUUCUGAAGCAAAUGAUAAAUGUCCAACGUUCAACGCAACUGACAAAAGUGACGUAGAAAACUCCUCAAAAUUCAUGUUCUGUGUUCGUAAGUGUCCUCAAACAGGCCAGAAAUUGGGACGCAUACACUACAAGUCAACUCUUAAGACAAAAGAAGACUUAAAACUGAUACACUAAAUGUACUUGAAUAACAACGAUCUCAAAUAGUCAACGUUUUAAGCAUCUCAAAGAAUGGUUCACUUCCAGUGGUAUGAGAUGUUGAACUGCGCGUCUCAACACGGUCGGUCUCCUUUGCGCAUCUGUGUUGAGAACUUGAAUCUUUGCUGACCUCGCAACAUUGUCCCUGCUCUUCAAUAGCUCCGUGACUUUGGCUAGCUUCCACCAACAACGAGCGGAUCCUUCUAUGUUCAAAACGACAAUAUCUGCUACUCUAAUGGAUUGUUCGAUAGCUCCAGUUCUGUUUCGGUGGUAUUCACGCAACCCUAAAAGAUACUCUUUACGCCAUUGCUUGGUAAAACCUUCAGAAGUCGUGUUAGGUGCUGAGGGAUGUAGAUGGUGUCUCGGGCCACAAAUUUGAAGGCUCCCUUAAGAAGGUCGGUCCAGACCACCACAAUUCACUUUCAACAAGAUCCUUCCCAGAGCAACCUCUUGAGGGUAUGUCGGUUGGGUUCAUGUUCCCAGGACAAAAUCUCCACUUCUCUAUGUCUGUCAGUUUACGGAUCACGUUCACCCUAUGCUGGUGCAGAACCUACUGCCUCCACGGCCUGUGGUUCUUGAUCCAACAAAGUGUCGUGAAUGAGUCUACCCAAUAGUACACAUCUAUUUCAAAUGGCAGUAACUUGAACGCAUGGCAAACUGUGUCUACUUGUUUUGAUAAAAUGUAAGCACCCAUGAGUUCUUAUCUUGGGAUUGAUUGUUUCUUCAGUGGUGCAACCUUUGUUUUGGAGGCAAUGAGCCGCACGUCAAGAUCUCCAGCUUCAUACACUGUGCACAGAUAGGCAACCGCUGCAAUGGCUUGUUCAGAUGCAUCACUGAACCUAUGGAGUUGGCGACAAACUGGCUUCUUCUCUUUCACGAAGUAACACCUGGGGAUAUUUAAUUUGGCUGAGGAUGAAAACUCAUCGAAGAAAUGGUUCCAUUUUGCUAAAAUUGUUGCUUCUAAACCGUUAUCCCAGUUCACUUUAUCAACGCAGCGUCUCUGAAACUAUAUGUUCAUGUUCACGACGAAGGGGCUUAACAAACUAAGUGGAUCAAACAGUUUGGCUGAAAGCUUAAGCACUGAUAUUUUGGUUGGGGGCAGAGACUUGAGAUACUCCAUGACACUGACAAAUUCAAACCGUAACUCAUCACUCAUAGUGUCCCAGUUCAAUCCAAGGAUCUUCACCUCUGACUUGUCAUCUUCUUUCAUUUCCUCGCUGAUCCUUUGCCUUACAAUGCUUGAAUUGAUUUUCUGUGGAUUGGUCUGUGCCCUUUGAUAAACAUGAAUAGCAGAUUCAUCAUCACUGGCUCUACUCGGGAAAUCAUCAACAGACAUACAAUGAAUUAGCUAGCAAUUCUGAUACUUGUGGUUCUGGUUCCUUGUAAUGUGAUAAAUGAUGCUGAAUUGUUCCAUUCAGAAUUGCCGGACUCGAAGUCAGUCCAAAUACAAGCCUACGAAACCUGUACUGCACAAUCUCUGGUCUCUCCUCCUUAACGUUCUUAAAUCACGGAAAUCUCAAUUGGUCACGGUCAGCCGGAUUAACUGAAAUUUGAUGAAAUGCUUUCUCAACGUCAGCUGUCAGUACUACAGGAUAACUUCUAAACUUGGCCAGUACUUCAAAUACAUGUGGAGUUAAAUUUGGACUCUUUUCUAAACAGUCAUUCAACGAGUAGUGAUUCUUGUCCGCUCUUGCUGAGCCAUCAAAUACGAUACGCAGCUUUGUAGUCUCCCUGUCUUCUCUCUAGCCUGCGUAGCAGGCGCUUGGAAGUAUUGGGCGAAAGAGAAAACGGGCGCGCGAGAGGGAGACACGCGAGGAGUGAGGGAGUGCCUGCACGGAAGGCCCAUGAAAAUCGUUUCAACUCGCAUUCUGCGAGUAGGGAUAUUUCCAAUUGGUCGAGAGGCUCCUGAGGGAAAAAUUAACUGCGCUGGGCGAGAAAACUGUCAAUCAAUAGUACAUGGACAACGUAGUGAAGAUCUUACAUUACACCACUAGUUCCUGAAAACAACUAAAUUGUAUACAAUCGAAGUUCAGGUCUCGGAGGUCACUUCAACCUGGUUUAAUGGGACUAUGUGGCUGUAAUCUCAACUCGGAAAAGUUGGAGUAUUCAAACGUUAUUCGCGAUGGAAAGAAUUAACAUCAGAUACGCAUUAGCAGAAGUGGCGAGAGACAAAGAUUUGUCGAAUCGUUGCAAUGAAGAUCAAAGGAAAUAUUCUGUGCUCAGAAGAACUUGGCGGCUUGUGUUGUCGAUGGAACGUAUACCAUCAAAACUUGGACAUAUUGAUGAAAUGAAACACUUUCCAGGGACAUGAAUUUGAAAAAAACAUUUCAGUAUUGUAUUAUUCGUCGUUCGGAGGCGACCUGAGGUCCCUUAUUUAUGUCUCGUUACUGUAGUACAUGUCGGUACAGCUUGUGUUCUGAAGUUUAGGUCCGCUUAGUAAGACAUGUCUGCUCCAAAAACGGCUGCCACUUAGCGCAGUAAAAGCAAUGGUCAUUUUCCACGUACGCUGUGAUCGUUGGUGUCUUCCCAGUUGUGGCUAAGUAAGCUCAGAAAACAAUAUUUUUAGUUUUUUAAAUUACACAGCAUGCAUUCUUUAAAAGAUACCCAGUUUUGACCGUGUUAUUUCCUAUUUAUUGUGCCUGUGGUUAAAAACGACCAGUUGAUUGCUCCAUCGCUCUAUAAUCAUUUAACCCAGCUGAUCUUUAUAACAGAUAUAUUUAGACCGAAGAUAAAAUGUACAACGCUCUUUGGCGGCAACCUUUGUUUUGUGCGAGGUCAGUCGUUUUCUGUCAAAACUUUUGACAGAUCACGGCGCAACGGCUGCCAGGUAAUUGGAGAGGGGACGGGAAACGAUUUUCGGGGGCCUUCCGUGCAGGCACUCCCUCUCCCUUCGCGUGUCUCCUUCUCGCGCGCCCGUUUUUUCUUGUGCCUACUACUUCCAAGCGCCUGCUACGCAGGCUAUCUUCUCUCAAAACCCCAUGAUGUGGUAGAAAAUGAGCACCCUUGAAAUCUUCCUCAUCUUUUGAAACCAACUAUAUAACCCCAGCUUCUAAUCGUGCCUUGAAAAUGCUGUCAUACUCCUGAAGUAACUUCUUCAAACGUGCUUUCAAACAAUUAAGUCUGGUGACAGACAGAUCAAAGUUGUCUGACUGUUUACAUGUUUGUUCUCUCCAUACAAGGUCAACCUCAUAUCUUCCUUCAUCCUUGUCAAACUUAAUGAAUCUUAAAAACUGCUCAUCUUCGUUUACCUUGCUUGAUGUCUCAGUAAUUCCAGAACCGGUUUAAACUAUUCGCUAGUUCUGUAGCCUGGUUUUGGCUCUCCAUGAAGUCAUGUGGUUUCUGAACAAUUAGAUUUGAUGUGGUGAAGUGGGCGAUUCCACUGUCCCCCUUUGUAGGCCCAGACACGACCCAUCCAAAUUUGCUACUAACUGCCACCAAUUUGUCAUCUCCACGAGCAACCUCGCCUGUAAUUAUAUCCCAGUAGUAGUCAGAGCCUAUGAACACGUCUAUAUUGUCCUGGUUGUCCAUGAAAGCCUUCCCUGUUUUCAAUUUUCUUGAAACUUGCAUGGUAUAUUUAUUGUUCGAAAUAUCAAUCAUGGUAUUUAUGCCAAAUAUCACCACAAAUACUAAUAUAAUAUAUAUACUAAUUCACUCUCGGGUUCAACUGCGGAUGGACUUAGCCUGCGUAGCAAGCGUUUCCGUUUGGUUUCGGAGCAAAAAGAGACCGUGGAAGGGGAUUUUCGGUUUUGAUCGCGCGAGAAAUUAAAUGAGAACUCUCCUUUCUUUUACUUCCGCCAUUUUCCGCGCGGUCUUUGACUCUUGUUCCUCGUUUUUUGCUCCUAAACCGCACAGAAACGCUUGCUACGCGGGCUAGGAUGAACUCGGUAGGGAGCUGAAACCAGGCUUUGAUUUGAUCAAUUGGUCACAUCGAUCGGCGGGGAAAGAACGAAUUCAUUAUUGGUUUGCCUCAGUGUAACAUGACUUCAAAUGUACAGAUUUUAGGGAAAAGUAAGGUUUUAACGGUAAAAAGCCGAAGAACGCACUUUUAAAUAAAACAUGAAAGUGCACCACAGCGUUUUCAUUCACCCUUAAAGACGCGUUGCCUGGCAAGCCUAAAAUGCAUCCUGACGUCAGAACUGGAUGACGUCAACUGCGGACACCCAAGAGAUCUAUAGAAAUAUUCGCAACUCGAGUUUCUGCCUCGCUGUGCGAUCAACGCGCGAGGCGCACGAGAAAUUUAUAAACCUCUCUUCGGUCAGAGUAAGAUCUUGAUUUAGAUAAAGGUCAAUAUGUACAUUCGAUAUUAAAAGCCCAAUUGUCGGUAGCCUCGAGUAGAGCAGUGACAGUCGAGUGAAGCUGACGGAACCCUGACUGGUGACUAGAAAGUAAAUUAUUAAUGCUUUAAAAGUGUGUGGAGACCUGAUCGUAAACUAUUCUUUCCACCACAUUCGCCACAACAGAAAUAAUUGAGAUUGGACGAUAUUCAUGUAAGGAAUCAAUUUAAAAGAACACUUCCAAUCAUCAGCAAGAACACCAGAAACAAUACAGCCAUGAAGAUAGAACAAAGAGAGGGUGCAAUCAGGUCAUCAGCACAUUCUCGAAGCUGUCUCACAGAGAUCUGAUCUAGGGCAGUAACUUUAGAUUGACUUAAUUCAGAUAAAAAUGAAUAAACAAUAGCCACAUCCGGCGUUUGUUUCAGCACGAAGUAAUUUUCAUAAUCAAGAUUAAGACUGAGAUAUUCUAAGAGAGAACUAUUACCAUUGGGUGUGACGCUGGCUAACUUUAGCUCGAUACCAGUCAAGUGGCAAUUAAGGGUUUCGGCUAACUCCUGUGCAUCAGCAAUAGAAUGGCUAUUCAUUUUUAUCUUAUUUACAUUCGAAUUAGUUGGUUUUCUUGCAUAAAGGUCAUUCACGAUUCUCCAGGUCGCUCGUGGUUCCCCUCCAUUAACCUGAAAUGCAUUGUUGUCGUUCAAUCCUUUGGCCCUUUUAAUUUCAGUAUUUACAGAAUUGCGGCAUUCUUUGUAAUUUAACCAGUCCCUAGAGGAAUUUGAACUCACAGCAGAGCUUUUUGUUUUAAGGCAUCUCGUUCAUACGUGUGUUGUUUGAGCUGAAAAGUUUUCCAAGGUGAACUUUUAGCCCGAACACGUUUACGUUUAGAACACAAAAGAGCAUGCUUGUCCACCACCUUAAUAAAAACAUCUCUUUCCAAGCACGCCACAUAUCAUUUAGAUCAUCGAAGUGAUCUAUACAACCCCAAUGCUGUGAAUUUUAAAAUAUCAUUCCGAAAAUGUCGUGUGUCGAACAUAAGCACCGAACAUAAGCAUUUAAACUUUCUGUAAGUCAGUGGGCAUGCGUGCGUGAUGGUCUGAACGCCUUCUAUCUCCUUGCUAAAUAAAAGGGAGGUUCAAUUCAUUUUGCUAAGGUAGUUGCUUUUUUUUUCUGACAGAUUUACGUUUUUGCCGUCGAUUUGAUCCAACCUCCUUUAGUUUUCCUCAAGACAGUAUCUUUGCUAGGCUAGGAUCGGAGUGCUCAUUUUAUGUUACCCUUAUACGAGGCCAGCCUCCCACGCAGAUCGUGGGGUCCACCAAUUAUUGGCGAACAAACCCCGCCCCAACGUGGGGAAGGAAAGCGUGACGAACCCCUGGGAACGUCUGCGUGGGAGGGGUUGUAAUCAUAGCUUUUUUGAUCAGCAUUUUUAAGGUUAGGGGUUUGCAAAUCCACGUUUUAGAUACAAGUUGGUUAGAUUCAUCCAAGUACUCAUUCUAAAAAUGCCGGUAAGAAUUUCCCUCGCCUCCCGUCUCGUUUAAUCCACUCAACUGACUCAGUGUAAUCUCUUUUUAAUUAGCUGUGAUAACUACAAGUGACAUCAAUCAGAACUAUGUCAGUCUACUCUUCAAGGACUUGACCACGAUGAAACAGUACGUCAUGAUGGCACAAACUGGCACAAGCGGCAAUAUAAACAUAGAGGCUGUGGUAAAGUUAUUUGUGAUUAAUUUAACAUGAAUUUCGUUGCUAAUAAAGAAUGAAGAUUAUGUGAACUGCAGAAAUACAAUUUCAGUUGAAGAUAUGAUCGUUGGUAAUUGCAAUUAAAAUAAUUGAAAAUUAACCAAAACAAAAUUUCCGGACUUCAACAGGAUUCAAACCCAUGGCCUCCGCGUUAGAGCUGUAACCCAUAGGUUGGAAGCAGGCCAAAUUGUUGAGUUCAUCUUAACCCUUGAAAGGAAUGAAACAUAGAAUGAAGAUGAUGUGAACUAAGGAAAUUUAAAUUUAAAUAAGAGAUAUGAACGUCACCUAUGUUGGGUACUCUUAAUUUUACCACUGUCACGCUCCCAUAAUGCAGUUUCUACAUGGCACAAAUCUUGCACUAGUAUUGUUUUCAAUUUCUCCCCAGAACCAAGAAUCGUCCGACGGUGGGGAACACAACUUAUAUAAUGGGGAAAGUGAACGUUUUGUCCAAGGCAGUUUCAAAUAUGGGCCGAACAACAAUGCCACAAUGUCAUAUGGCGCGAAUUAUUAAUAUGACUUUGGGUCAAAACGAAGUUCAUUCAGCACUAAUAUUAGACAGUUAGAGGUCCGGUGGAGAAACCGAUCAAUUUUCGAAAAAAGAAUAUUUCUUUGUUCACGUUGCCCCAAUACUUCCAAGUAGCUCUCUGUUUUUGUUUUGUUUUUGUUUUUUCUUAGCGAGGGGGCGGGGUCCUUUGUUUUACCUUCUAUUUUGGAAGACAAUCUUUAUAUUCAGUAGUGCCACCGUAAAUCCUGUAAGCCCUUCAUUCCAAACCCCCGAUAGUGGCGGGGGGCUUUUUUUGAGGGGCUGGGGAGAGAAGACCUAUUCGUUAUUUCAAGCCCAUUUGAGGGAGUGUUAAUAGAGACGAGAGGCUUAUUUGAGAGGGGCAGGGCUUGUUUGAUUUAGAAACGACGAUGGUAUCAGUUCUCCAUAAAGAACUAGAAUACAAAGUGGAAAAGCUCAAGAACAAGACGUUUUGAGAUCAUUCUAGCAGCAAAUUAAAGGAUCAGAAUGAAAUCCGAACUUCCAGUUGGUAAAUAAACCAUCCCGGAGUAGUCCACACGAAGUUUUGCAGUCAUAAUUGAUUAAUACAGUCUAUCAUUUCUUAGUGAAGAAAAAUUAGGAGAUGGGGGCUCAUUUGAGGCGGGAAGGGCUUAAUAGAGGAUUUACGGUACUGUGGCUUCAGCCCACUGAAUAAAAAACUGUGUUUAGUGGGAUCCACUAGGUAGACGUGCUGUGCGAUACCCUCCCCACACCCACGAAAAUAACUGUAUCCCUAGCCUCCCACAGACACAUACUAACCACUGGCUAAUGAACGUACAAUUUCCUAACCCUAAGAUGAAAAGCGAAGUUGUCAAUAAGUAUAAACAGUGUUAAUACUUAUGCCAUUUUAUCGUCUUCAUAUAUGUGAAAUUCUUAGAAUAAUUAAUGGGGCGGGCAGUGUUUUAGAGUUUACACUCCGUGUAAGCUAGGCUUUUGACACAUUUAUAAAGUCUUUAUUAUUAUUAUUAUUAUUAUUAUUAUUAUCAUUAUUAUUAUUUAUUAUGUCUACAUUUCAGGAAACUUCCUCUGGCUCAUCGUACCCCGAAGAAGCAACAUUUGCACCUGACUAUUAUUGGAGUUAUACCAUUUUCCGGAACAAGUUCUACGACAAAAAGUACUUGGGCUGUGAUAGCAAUGGCAACAUGACACUGGUGGAUAUGGCCUCUCUAGAUUAUCCAAAUCCACAAGCUCUGUUUAUUCUGAACAAAGUUCCAAAUUAA